UCUAUGGACGACAAGGACAGCUUCAAGAAGCGUCUGGAAGAAGAGACAGACGAAGUGAAAACAACCAGCUACUUCUACCUGCAGUCCAACGAGGCCCGUUUCCGACCUGAAAACGUUUCUGAGGAACAAAGGAAACAGCAACUGCAAAAGACUCUUGGAUUGAUGGUGUACUCCCAGACGGAUAGAAAGGCUUACCAACAUGUCUUCAGCAAACGAAUCGAAGACUUCACGGCGGCAGGAGAACUCGACUUGAAGAAGGAGAAGGAAAGGCCAAGAACUACACUAGCUAAGAAGUACGAACGGAAUGAACAUAGAAGAAACAGAAGGAUGAGGCGCGAAAUUGAGACCAUGCAAAAGGAUAAUGAUGAAAAGAAGCAAAGGCUGGACGAGGUUCUGAAGGCGCCACGAACCAGGGAAGACAUGUUGAAAUGCUUCAAGGAAAAAUUUCCCAAAGAGGAGCUGAGAGAUUUCGUCGACGGAGCAGAGUCUCACGAAGUGGUGUUCGACGUCUUGUUUGCAAAGUACAGUGAUGGACCGGUGACAGAUGAGACCAUCAAAAGUGUCUCCAACAACUGGGAGCCGUUCAGGAAGAAGCUACUGGAGGUUGUUCCUCAGCGAAUCAUCGACACGCCAGCUGAACUUAACACUAAGUACCUGGAGCUGGUGGGACAGAGCAAGCCAAUUAAGGAAGAGGACGUGGGUAGAUGCAUCGCCAUCGACGUGGACUAUGUGGGCACCAUGGAUUUCAACGUGGAGCCGGAGGACCAGACCUUCCUCAUGAGGCAAGGAGCUCUGGCAACUCUCGCGUUCCUUGAAGAUUAUGUGAAGAGACACAAUCUUCAGCCUUCCAACUCUACGCUCGCUAAACCGCCUGGUGAUAGUUAGUCUCCGGAUCAUAGGAACAGACGAAAAAUG